UCGGCGCUGCUGCGGUGCUCUCUGGGUAAUUACGGCCGGUGACGUCAGCCUCCUCCCCCACACGGCCGCUCAGUGCAGCUCCUUCGCCGGUGAGAGAUUGGUCGGACAGCGCGGCUGCCAUUUGGCGCAGAUUUCAGCUACCAUCCGUUAAAACAAAAGUGCGUCCAGUUAUUUAUUUAUCGUCCUGUUCUGUGAAUCUUUCCUUACAUUUUUUUGUUCCCGUCACGAUGAGCUCAAUUAACGUCAAGAAGCUGAAAGUGAACGAGCUGAAAGACGAGCUGAAGAAGCGGAAUCUUUCGGAUAAGGGGCUGAAGGCCGAGCUGAUGGACCGCCUGCAGGCCGCCUUGGACGACGAGGCCCUGGUCUCUCCGCUGGACCAGCAAGCCGCGGGGAGCGAGCAGGCCGCCGACCAGGAGGGCAUGGGCGAGGAAGAAGAGGGCGAUGAUGGCCCGAUAGAAGAAAGCAUGGAAGCCAACGAAGACGAGGAGGAAGAAGAAGAAGAGGAGGAGGAGGAAGAGGAGCCGGAAAAUGGAGGCGACGGUGAUGGCGUUGCCGAGGACGAGGAGAUGGGUGAGGGGGAAGAGGACGCGGACGGGGAAGAGGACGACGAGAUGGAUCCCAUGCUCAAGGGAGAUGUGGACGACAUGGAGAAAAUCGAGGCGGAGGAUGGUGAGCCCGGGGACCAGGCUACAGAGGGGGAUGCGGACAAAGACACGAAUGCUGAUCAGAAGAAUAAGAAGGGUGUUAAGAGACGCCGGGAGGAACAUGGAAGGGGCUACUUUGAAUUUAUUGAAGAGAACAAAUACAGCUGGGCCUCAUUUAAGUCUCCUGUGCCCCCCCUGGAGGAAGAAGAUGAGGAGUUUGAUGACACAAAGGUCUGCCUGGAUGCCUAUAACUGCGACCUGCACUUUAAAGUGUCACGGGACCGAUACAGCGCCUCGUCUCUCACUAUGGAGAGCUUUGCUUACCUGUGGUCUGGAGGCAAGGGCACUUAUGGUGUGAACAAGGGCAAAGCCUGCUUUGAGAUGAAGAUCACAGAGAAAAUUCCUGUGAAGCACAUUUCCAGCAAGAACAUGGAGAUCCACGACGUGCAGGUCGGCUGGUCCCUGUCGACUGGCACGCUGCUCCUCGGCGAGGAGGAGCAUUCGUACGGAUACUCUGGGAAAGGCAAGAAGACCACCAACUGUGUGACCGAGGACUUCGGAGAGACGUACGAGGAGAAUGAUGUCAUCUGCUGCCUCAUUGACUUUGAGGGUGACGAGGUGGUGUUGUCCUUCGCCAAGAACGGCGGAGAGCCGGCCGUCGCCUUCCAGUUCAGCAAGGACAGCCUGAAUGGCCAGGCCCUCUUCCCCCACAUCAUCUGCCACAACUGUGCUGUGGAGUUCAACUUUGGCCAGAUGGAGACGCCGUACUUCCCUCAGCCCCAGGGAUACACCUUCCUGCAGCAGAUCCCCGUGGACGACCGAGUCCGGGGGCUCAAGGGGCCACAGACCAAGGCUGACUGCGAGAUCAUCGUGAUGGUCGGCCUGCCAGGCUCAGGGAAGACCACGUGGGUGAAGAACCACGUCCAGGAGAACCCUGGAAAAUACUACAUCCUAGGCAGUGACACCAUUGUAGACAAGAUGAUGAUCAACAGCCUGAAGCGCCAGUCAAAGGACAUUACAAAACUCACUGCCAUUUCCCAGCGAGCACCGCUUUUCUUGGGAAAGUUUAUCGAGAUUGCUGCUCGCAAGAAGAGGAACUACAUCCUGGAUCAUACUAACCUGUCUGCACCAGGCCAGAAGAGGAAGAUGUGCUUGUUCGCAGGCUUCCAGCGUAAGGCCGUUGUGGUCUGCCCCUCUGACGAGGACUACAAGCAGAGAGUCCAGCAGAAGGUUGAGAGUGACGGCAAAGAAGUGCCUGAGCACGCAGUCCUCAAAAUGAAAGGCUUCUACUCUCUGCCUGAGGAGGGAGAGAGCUUCAAUGAGGUCAUCUAUGCUGAGAUGCAGAAGGAGGAGGCUGCCAAGCUGCUGGAACAGUACAAAGAGGAGAGCAAGACCGCACUGCCUGCUGAGAAGAAACCCAACCAGGGAAGCACUACGCCAAAAAGAGGCGGCGGCCUGCGUGGUGGUGGCCGGGGUGGCAAGAACCAGUUUGGCCGUGGUGGUGGACCAGGACAGAGAGGUGGCGGCCGCGGAGGCUUCCAGAACAGAGGCAACUUCAGAGGAGCUCCUGGUCCUCGCGGUGGUUUCAACCGCCCACCUCGUGGCUUCCUGCCUCCCCCACCCUUCAGAGGAGCCUUCCACAGCCGUGGAAACUAUAACCGCGGUGGCGGUCCUAUUCCCAGCCUGGGCGGAUCCCCCAGGGGCGGCCCGAUGAGGGGUAACAUGGGACCCAGGGGUGGACACAUGAACAGAGGCGGCCCGAUGCACAGAGGGAACAUGAACAGAGGAGGUGGAGGCAACAUGAACCGCGGUGGAAACAGGGGCCAUCCUGGUGGACAGUAUCAUCAGAGAGGCGGUAACCGUGGCAACUUCGGCAACAAGAACGGAAACUUUGGUAACAACAGGAACAGCGGCAGCUAUGGUGGCAACAGGAACGGCAUGGACAAGGCUCAGGCCUUCAACCAGAGUUGGCAGCAAGGGUUCUGGAACCAGAAGCCGUGGAGCCAGCAGUACCAGCCUGGAUAUUACUAAGACACUUGUUCUAACGGACUGGUGGCCGACACGGAGACCCACCGCAAGCCACGGAACAUCCCUCCGCCCCGCUUUUUGAUUUCUUUUCCUAGAGCCCACUUUUAAUAAUCUAAAAAAAGAAAACCCACCAACUGACGACUAGAGCGAUAUGGAGCGAAACAUUCCACGUCAGCGAGGAGACCAGCCCUGAGUGUAAUUGAAGCUUUAUAUCUAUAUACAUGUACAACGUGGGUUCAGUCUCAUUCAAUCAUCUGCUUAUUUCUUUUGUUGUAUAUUUCAUUCUUUUUUUCUUUUUUACCACUUUUUAAAUGACGUGCUUUUAAAAAGAAGAAAAAUCUAAAAUGUUUGUAAAAUCAGGAACCAGAAACAUUUUGCCGGCCCGGCAGAUGUUAGGAAAGAUUUUUUUUUUUUUCCUUCUUUUUUUUUCAGGGUUGUGUAUUUUAUCUGUGCUGUGAUUUUUGUUCUGCUUUUUUAUUACAAAUUGUAAAUAUUUUUUUUUUUGCGUAGUUUGUAUGCAAAGUUUAAGAAAACAGUAAAUGAUUUGAGAGGAACCUUGGCUCAUUAGCUCAAGCAUGGUAGGUGAUUAUAUUGUUAGACUGUACGUGUCGAUAUAGUCCACUGUCAAACAGUUAAACUGAAGCUACGAAUGAACUCCAGCCAGUUUCUGUCUUCUGUUCCCAGUAUCAAAUCUGUAACCUAAACUCCAUAGACCUACAAUAAACAACUUGUUGGCUUUUUUACAUUCUUCCUGGCUUAUGACUUUUGAUUCAGUUCAAAGGUGUGUAAAAGACCUUUGAUUGGGCCAAGUCCUAGUUUGCUACUUCAAACACGGAGGACGUCGGCCCUCUACGAGCCCAGUUUACACCUCGUUACUGAAGGAUUCCCUUCAAGUGUCCUGUCUGAUUCGUGGUUCCAAACCCUUUAGUUAUUCUAAUGUACAUUUGCUUGAGAAAGUAUUAUAGUCAAGCCAUUUUGAGGAUAUGAGUAAGCCAUUUUUAGUACAGUAUGCCUAUUUUUUUUUUUUUCCUCAAGUCUUUUAAUUUAUUUUUUAAAAUUAGGGCACUGACGACUACGCUUGAUUCUCAGGAGGAAGUGUGGUUCCUAGAUUGUCUUUUUAAACGGUUCCUUUUUAGUGCAGAAGACUUCUGAAAAACAAAACAGCACUGGUCAGUCUAAUUUUA